GGCUCCUCCCCUUCAGUCUUGUACAGUUGUACCGGCUCCUCCCCCUUUCAGUCUUGCACAGGUGUACUGGCUCCUCCCCUUUUGUCUUGCACAGGUGUGCCGGCUCCUCCCCUUCAGUCUUGCACAGGUAUAUCGGUUCCUCCCCUUCAGUCUUGCACAGGUGUAUCGGCUCCUCCCCUUCAGUCUUGCACAGGUGUACCGACUCCUCCCCUUCAGUCUUGCACAGGUGUACCAGCUCCUCCCCUUCAGUCUUGCACAGGUGUACCAGCUCCUCCCCUUCAGUCUUGCCCAGGUGUACCAGCUCCUCCCCUUCAGUCUUGCACAGGUGUAACGGCUCCUCCUUUUCAGUCUUGCACAGGUGUACCAGCUCCUCCCCUUCAGUCUUGCACAGGUGUACCGACUUCUCCCCUUCAGUCUUGCACAGGUGUACUGGCUCCUCCCCUUCAGUCUUUCACAGGUGUACAGGCCCCUCCCCUCCAGUCUUGCACAGGUGUACAGGCCCCUCCCCUCCAGUCUUGCACAGCUGUAGCGGCUCCUCCCCUCCAGUCUUGCACAGCUGUAGCGGCUCCUCCCCUUCAGUCUUGCACAGCUGUACAGCUUGCACAGUACCGGCUCCUCCCCUUCAGUCUUGCACAGGUGUACCGGCUCCUCCCCUUCAGUCUUGCACAGGUGUACCUGCUCCUCCCCUCCAGUCUUCACAGGUGUAACUGCUCCUUGUCUUGCACAGGUGUACUGGCUCCUCCCCUUCAGUCUUGCACAGGUGUACCUGCUCCUCCCCUCCAGUCUUGCACAGGUGUACCUGCUCCU